UUUUUUUUUAGCAAAUUUAUCUGGUAAAAAUGAAGUUUAUCUUUUAAGAGCACUUUGGCGGAUGCUUCUUAUUUAGAUCUCAGCAUUUGGGGCAAGCUUUUUCAUACAUUGUGAUCCUUUCUUUAGAGUGUUUGGGUUGAUCUGCUGCAGACCAUGAGCUGUCCAGCAGACUUGGGUGUAUCUGUUCAGUGUUAACCAUGGCGGUGUUCUGAAUGCUGUCAUUCAGGCUUGGCAAACCUUUUUGUAAUGUAACUGAUUUCUGUAGUAGCACAACUAGAGGAUAUUUAAUGAGGUGAACGUGGUCGUGGCUUUUUUUAAAAUAUAAAUUACCUUCUUAGGUUGUUUUUUUUUUUGUAGUGAGAGUGCAAAAAGAGGUUAAAAUGAGCAGCUGAGGGGGUGAAGGGCACAGUUGGCACGAAGUGCGGCCUCUCGUGCUCUGCUUUGAGACGCACUAUUGCCUCAAGGCUGGCCUUAGAGUAUACUGGAGAAGAAAGGAACCAGAAGGUCGUUGAAGCAAAGGAAAAGUGAGGACAUUGGACUGGAAAGGCCAAACUCUGGAUCCUGGCCAUGAGGUUUGAUGCCUCAUUUUAUUGAAGGGAGACACUGGACCUAAAUGGCGCAGCAUGACUUUGUUCCUGCCUGGCUUAACUUCUCAACACCACAGUCAACCAAGUCCCCUGCAGCCACCUUUGAGAAGCAUGGAGAGCAUCUUCCACGGGGAGAAGGACGCUUUGGGGUGAGCCGAAGGAGACACAACUCUUCUGAUGGAUUUUUCAAUAAUGGGCCCCUCCGAACUGCAGGAGACUGCUGGCAUCAGCCAUCCCUUCUCCGCCAUGAUUCUGUAGAUUCUGGUGUUUCUAAAGGAGCUCAUGUUGGGCUUUCUGGCAGUCAGCCUGGCUGGCAUGGUCCCUCGCGGGGCCAUGAUGGCGUGAACCAGCGUGGUGGAGGAGGAACUGGAGUUCAUCGCCACUGGAAUGGCAACUUCCAUUCUCGGAAAAGUUCUGCCUUUCAAGAAAAGCUGCCUGUUGAAGCCAGGGAAGAGAAGAAGGAAGACAAAGAGCAUUUGCAAUUUGAGGAAGAAGAUUUUCCAUCUUUGAAUCCAGAGGCUGGAAGACACAACAACCAGAACAAACCUUUAGGGACACCUUCCGGAGUAUGGGAAAACCCCCCUAGUGCCAAGCAACCUACCAAGAUGCUGGUCAUCAAAAAGGUUUCAAAAGAGGAUCCUGCUGCUGCCUUCUCAGCUGCAUUUACAUCACCUGUUUCUCACCUGGCAAAUGGCAACAAAGCCACCACCAUUGUCCCAAGUGUCUACAAAAAUCUGGUUCCUAAACCUGCAGCUCCUCCUUCCAAGCCAAGUCCAUGGAAAGCCAACAGAAAUGAACACAAGCCAGGCUCGCUUUCCUCCAGCCGUGACUCUGCCUUUACCAGUCCAGUGUCUGUAACCAAACCAGCGGUACUGGCAAGUGGCUCAGUCCUCACCUCUCCCAAAGAGAGUCCUUCCAGCACCACCCCUCCUAUCGAGAUCUGCUCUUCACGCUUGACAAAGCUGAUGCGUCGCACCACUGAUAAAAAGAGCGAAUUCCUGAAGGCACUGAAAGAUGAUAGGAAUGGGGAGAUAACAGAGAGCAGAGAAUGUGACAAGCUGGAUGAUAUGGAGAGCAACAGCACACCAGAACCAAAGGAAAACUGGGAAGAGAAUUGCCAUCAAAAUGGCCUUUCUCUCCCCUUGCCAGAAGAGGGGGAAAACCUCUCUCAUUCAUUGGAAGCAGAACACAGGUUAUUGAUAGACUCUUGGCCUUGCUUGUUGUGAUUUAGUGGUAUUAGU